UAAUAAUCCAUAGAAUAUCCUUCUCCAUACAAUAAAAAUGGCUGCAAAUAAAGGGGCGGUCGCCGGGCUCGCCGCCAUCCUUGUGGUAGCAAUGGUUGUUGCCGUGGCCGUUGGUGUUACAAGGAAAAACGGUGAAGCUGAUUCAGGGUCUGCCAGCAAUGGCGACCGCCAAAUCAGCGCCGGCUCCACCAAGGCCGUGCAGUCCAUUUGUGCCCCAACUGACUAUAAAGACACUUGUGAGAAGGGUCUUUCCCAUGCCAACACCACCAACCCCCAGGAGCUGAUCAAGGCGGCGUUUGAAUUUACCGUGAAAAAUAUAGGAGACGUCGUCAAGAACUCGCCUCUGUUCAAAGAGGCAUCCCAUGAUAAAAGCACCAAGGAGGCGCUGGAAAUCUGCCAACUAGUGCUGGAGAUAGCCAUCGACGAUCUUAAGAUGUCGUUCGAUAGUGUUGAUGAAUUUGACGUCACAAACGCCAGCGAAUACGUGGAGGACCUCAAGACGUGGCUUAGUGCUGUAAUCACGAACCAGGAGACCUGCAUUGAUGCCUUUGACAACACCACAGGCGACACUGGGGAGAAGAUGAAGAACUUGCUGAAAACUGCGAGGGAGAUGUCGAGCAAUGGCCUCGCCAUGGUAACCGAUAUGUCAUCAAUCCUUACUUCGUUGCAGCUAGGGAACGUUGCUAGUCGGAAGCUUCUUUCAGAGGAAGGCAGGUUCGCGUCGAAGCCUAAUGCCGGCCGAAAGCUUCAAUUGUCAGAAAAAAUUGGCUACGGUGGUGACCCCACCGAUUAUGCUCCGGGUGAAGAACCCCAUUUCAACUUGGACAGCAAUAGAAGACAUCUCCUUUCAGCAACAUCCUUGAAGCCAAAUGCCGUGGUGUCCCAAGAUGGAAGCGGGCAAUUCAACACAAUUAGCGCCGCCAUUGCGACUGUGCCUAAGAAGAAUGACCAGACGUUCGUGAUUCAUGUGAAGGCUGGUGUGUACAAGGAGCAGGUCCUAAUUCCCAAGCAUAUGAACAAAAUUGUAUUGAUUGGAGAUGGGCCGUUGAAGACCAGAGUUACUGGCAGAUUAAACUUUGCUGAAGGUGUUAAGACCUACCACACAGCCACCGUCGCUGUCAGCUCUGACGACUUCAUGGCGAAGGACAUCGGAUUCGAAAACACGGCAGGUGCUGAGGGGCACCAAGCCGUGGCCCUGCGCGCCUCUGGCGACCGUGCUGUCUUCUACAAUGUCCACAUCGACGGCUACCAAGACACUCUCUACGCCCACACUUACCGCCAGUACUACCGUGACUGCACCAUCUCCGGCACCAUCGACUUCAUCUUUGGAGACGCCCUGGCCAUUUUCCAGAACUGUCGAUUCGUCAUCCGAAAGCCAUUGCCCAACCAGGCCUGCAUGAUCACCGCUCAAGGCCGUGUCGACCGUCGCAGCGUGGGCGCUAUUGUUAUCCAGAAUGGCGACAUCGCAGCUGAGCCGGCAUUGCUCCAGGCUUCGCCACCCCACAAGCUUUACCUUGGCCGACCAUGGAAGCAAUUCUCCACGACCAUUAUCAUGCAAUCCAACAUUGGCGGGUUCAUUGCACCCGAGGGCUGGUCACCGUGGGCUGGAACUUUUGCUCUAGACACACUAUACUACGCGGAGUACAAGAAUCGUGGCCCCGGAUCGGAUGUGAAGAACCGAGUCCAGUGGAAGGGGAUCCAGACCUUGUCUCCUCAAAUGGCUGAGAGCUGGACAGGAGGGAAAAUUUAUGGAGGGGAUGAAUGGAUCAGGAUCUCUGGGGUUCCAUACGUACCUACCAUGAUGCAAGUUUAAUUAAUUCUCAAUAAAUUGUAUUUAUGUAUUUUUUUAAAAAAGUACGUAAAUUAAUAAAAAUGUAUAUUCUUUCAUCAUAAUUAUUCAUUGUGUUUCUUAUUAUAUCACGUGCAAAGAAAUAACCC